AUGACGACUGAUUCUGCACUAGUAGUUCGUAUCCUAGAGCUGACACUGAAAUAUGAAGGUGAUGUAACCACCAAAGUUAACGAGAACAAUCGACUUCUCUUUGCUUGCAAGUUUGGGUACACUGCAAUUGUCCGUUAUCUGAUCAAUCAGUGCAAUGUGGAUGUCAAUGGAGCUGUGACCAGUGAUGGACUAACUCCACUGGGAGUGGCAAUCAGAGAGGGGAAGCUGGACACUAUCAAGUACCUCAUCACCGAGUGCAAUGUGGAUAUCAAUAUCGGUGACGGGCUAACUCCACUGGGACUAGCAGUCGAAGAGGGGGAGAUGAACACUAUCAAGUACCUGAUCUCAGAGUGCAAUGUGGCUGUCAAUGAUGUUCUUCUACUUGCCUGCCAGUAUGGGGUUACCAAAAUCGUGGAAUAUAUUUUGAAUGACGUUGUUGGCUGUGAUCCCAAUAUCAAAGAUGACGAUGGACACACACCACUCUUUCUUGCAAAGAACAAGGAAAUCAUUCUACUCUUGUUGCAACAUGGAGCUACUGCCGAAGAUGUCUAUACCAAUCAUCGCAAAGCUCUUGGUAACGUGUUUUCAAAGGAUCCCCUGAAAAACCCAGUGAAGAUGCUUGUUAUCGGUCAUGGUGGAGAAGGAAAGAGCACUCUCAUUGAAGCAAUGGAACACGAGCCAAGUGCAUUCACAUCUCUAGUCAGCAUCUUCGUCUCUCCUAAAGAAGUCGAUGGAGUUAGCAAGAAAACAGCCGGAAUCAUCCCUCGAUUAUUCAAGAGUCGUGUCUUUGGAGAUGUGUUGGUCUAUGACUUUGCUGGUCAAGAGGUCUACUACAGCAGUCACGCUGCCAUUAUCAAGAAUACCGUCGAUACGUGUCCACCCGUUUUUGUCAUGGUAGUCGGUCUCCAGAAUAACGACACCAUCACAGCAACCUCUGUCUCCUAUUGGUUGGGAAUUGUUGCCAACCAGUGUGCCAAUAUGGAGGGCAAAGCACCACUCAUUGUGGUAGGUAGUCAUGCUGAUCUCGUGACAAGCACACAAGCGGAGCAAAAGAAGAAAAUUAUAGUACAAGCCAUUCAAAAGUUUUCGAUGUUUGAUCUUGCUGGUUUUGUUUCAAUGGAUUGUCGCUUUUCAAGUUCUGAUGGCAUGACAAUUUUUAGGGAUAUUGUUGGAACUAGCUGUGCUUCCAUUCGAGAGCGGUUGUCUGUGAGCCUCAAUGCUCAUAUGUUUCUUGUCCACCUUCUUGACAAGUACUCGGGUGAGAUUGCUGUAACCCUGGAAGAAGUUCAGGGGAAAAUGAAGUAUCGAGUUUCUAGAAAAGAUGAAAAUGUUCUUUCUUUUGUGCCUACCAGCAUUCCACGACUUGUUGAUAUCUGUGUUCAACUCAGUGACAAAGGUCAUAUUCUUUUCCUUUGCAAUGCUUCCUUUCCAGAAAAGAGCUUUAUCGUUAUUGACAAAUCGAAACUCUUGGCUGAAGUAAAUGGGACCAUUUUUGCUCCUGAAGAUUUCACACAGCAUUGUGAGCUUUCCACAAGUACUGGGGUUGUUCUAAAAUCAGAUCUCGCUAAACACUUCCCCAAUUUCAACAUUGACAUGCUCAUUGGAUACUUGUUUCAUCUCGAGCUAGCCGUUCCCAUUGAAGACAAAAUAGUGCUCAGUCUUAUCGACAAGCAUCUUCCUGCAACGUCUGUGUCCGUCUCUGGAGGCUUCAUCUUCUGUCCAGCACUGAUCCGAUUGGAAGCUUCCAGCGAACCAAUGGCUACCACUAUUAAUUUCCAGUACAGUUUCAACUGGUCCCUGGCCUGUGCACACAAUGACCAUUUUUUCAACCCUCGAUUUCUUCACGUUCUUCUCCUUCGACUGUCUCUGUCGCUUGGUCUUGCUCCAGUGGUGGACACUGACAAUCCUGCCUUGCAAGGUCAAUGCUCGAUCUGGAAGACUGGUGUGUGUUGGCUCACUGAGGAUGGAAUCAGAGUCCGUGUUGAGGUGAUGGAGAUGAAGAGUGUCACUAUUCAACUACAAGCACCUAAGGUCUCGUUAGAUGUACUCGAUGUACGAUCCACUGUUAUCAACAAAGUGGUUGAAGCUGCUCGUGAGUUUUGCCCCAACAUAAACACCGACGAACGGUUGUUACCUUCCACUGACAUCGCUGGUGCUCCAUUGUUUAGUAUGAAAUCUGUUGCUAAAAGCAUUUCUUGUCAGAAGGAAUUCGUUAAAUCUACCACCAGCACACAAGUUGUACCCGUGGGUGAGCUGCUGCAAUCUGAGGUGUACGCUGAUCUCGGUGAAAAUAUUCUACAAGGUCUAUGCAACGAAGGUGACCCAGCACACAAUGAGAAACUCUGUGAUGGACUGCUUUCAGCUCUUUCAUCUUGUUGGAGCAAGAAUCGUGAACUGUCAGACAUCGUUUGUUCAGUUGUUUCUAGAGCUGCUGCUAAGAGCACACAUGGAAUGAGUGGCAGUCUAGAGCAUGCCCUGAGGGUGUGGAGGGACAGUGGUGACGGCACUUGCAGAGCAUUGAGACUGAUUCUGGAUCCACUCAGUGUCUUUUCUGGGAAGAACCCUCUCGUUUUGGCAGGUGUUGCUCCUACGUUAUUUUGUGAAAACAUGUUGCCACAGCAACCUGAGGAGUCUGAACCCUCACCCAGUUCAAGCACACAUGGAGCCACACUGACAACUAUUGAGAGGACUGAAGUCAGACAACCCUCAAGCCCUGGCACAACCUCUGAUGAGGGAGGAGUUGGUCUUCAAGAGUUGAUGGACAGGUACCGUGUCAAUACCGUCCAACUUGAUAGAGAGAUCCCUGAUAAUGAAGUCCCAGUCAUAGCUGCCUAUUUCGACAGUUUGGAGCUCUACUCUCAAGCAAUGGGUCUGAGUGCCGCUGAUCAAAGUACUGUGAAAACUAGCCUCGUUCAAUACGAUGCUCAGUCAGCCAUGGCCAAAUGCUUAUCAAUAUGGAAACAAAAGAACUCUUUCAAGGCCACAUUCAGAGCACUGUUGGAGCUGCUACUGAGGCUGAAUAGAACGGAAGUAGCUGCUCAAGUCUGUCAGUACUUGACUCAGAAUUCAUGAUGAUGGAGAUGGAGCAGUUCUAACUAUCAAUGAUCUAAUGCUGAACACUAACAAUAAUUAUUAUUACGUAUUCUAUACCCUAUAUAGCUUAGCUCUGUCAUUUACAGUUACCGUAUAUCUUCUAAUUUAUCGGACACUUCUAAUUACCCCGGACACUCUUUUGGGCAAUUUUCGUUGUUCUAAUACAACGGACACUCCAGUGCUUUAAUAUUACAUUUGUUCUAAAUAUCCGGACAAUACUUUGAAAAGUAGAGUUUACAUUCACAGACGGCAAGUAAGACUUGGAGU